AUGGAUCGUGCCCAGCCCGUCAGAUCGCCGCUGGACCAACUCGAGGCGCAGGUCAAUCUUGUCCUGGAACACACAGGUCGUCUCUUUGCCAAUAACGCGAGAAACCAUGGCCAGAUCAACAACCCCCUGAGACUAAAACAAGUCAUUGCCGGUGCAAACAACAACUUCCACGAUGCGCUUGAUCAGUUGGAAGGCGAACUGGCUCUGGCACGCGCUGUCAUGCGGCGUGACCUUGCUGUAUACCGGUCGCAGCGGGGAGUCCGAUCGAGACCUGGAGCCACUACCACAGUGAACCCUCCAGACGGCAUGGACAACACAACAGCGAUUAAUCUGGAUGACGAUAUUGUCAUGGGCGAGUCGCCAGUUGAGCAUGCCAAACCAUCGCCACCCAAGGAAGUGGACUCACUUCCUGAAGGGGAGCAAGCGGUCAAAUCAACCUCGCCUCUGCACCUCGACAUCCCUGGACAGGACCAUCAAGCCGCAGGUCACCCUGGCGAUGAGAAUACCGGCACAUACAGCAACUUUGAUUUCGAAUCUCUGUUCAACGAUCCAGGUAGCGUGGGCACUGUGGGCACCACAUCCCGUACAAGUCCAAAGAAUAUACCUGUUCCUUCACCACCUCCACCCCAAGCAGAGGAAACGGUUCCCGCAAACCCUCCUGCCAAAGACCCAACCCCACCUCCAGUCAGAACAAUGACUAUUCCCAACGAAGAGCCUAUCAAACCAGCAUCCUUCAACGAUAGUAACGACGACUUCGACUUUGCCAACCUGACCAACUUCGGCCCCGCCGACACAGACAUGCAAGACACAGACGGCAUAUCGUCCCUACUUCCAGGCCUCGAAAGCUAUGCAAAUUCGGGCGGCGGCAAUGGAGGCACAGACUCAAACCUCCAAUCGAUAUCUGCGGACUUUGACAUCUUUGACGCUGCAGGUGCUGGUGACUUUGGCAGUGCUCCCAAGGUUGACGCCAAGCCGAAUGCGCAAGAGCAGCCCGACAUGGGCAACAGAGACGACACCUUUGACGAUAUUAUGAACUUCACGGAGUUUGACAUGGGCGACUUUUCUGGAAGUGCUGGGGACGAAGGCGGCGAGAGCAAGUUUGACGCCUCUUUCUUUGAUAUUUGA